GCGAGGUAAAGCGAUCGUGAAAAUGUAUUCAUUUUUGGAAUGCUUCGAUCAUUUACGGAUCAUACAGGAUACAUACAAAACAGACUGUUUUUUUCUUCUUCUUUUUUUUUUUUUUUUUUUUUUUAAUUUGUGGUAUAAUCUAAAUUACCACCCCUUAGUUUCCUUCCCGACCACUAGGAGUAAUUAGCAUGUGUAUUUUGAUUGGUUGGAUCACGGUAUUUAUUCUGGAAAACCAGCAGGAUUCAGUCUCUCUAGUUAGUCGUUGAACAAGGUCGGUUGGUUGUUUGUCUUGCCAUCGGGGUGACUUUCUGACAGAAAUCAACUGGUGUCUUGAUUCCAAGAACCAUUCAGCAGAAAACAAUUGUACAAUUCACUUAUAAUAACAUUGAAUAUGCCCGAAAUAAAGCUGGCUACUGACACGCUUGAUAAUGAAGUGUCAAACGGGACGUCGUCACCACAACGCAAGGUAACACCUUCCCAUUGGACCCCCCGUUACCAACGCCUCAUCGACCGUAUCAAGCGCAGGUCUGCAUCUGGAGACAAAUUUUUCUCAUUUGAGUUCUUCCCACCAAGGACAGGAAAUGGUGCUGUCAAUUUAAUAGCAAGAAUGGAGAGGAUGUCUCAAGGGAAGCCACUCUUCUGUGACAUCACCUGGCAUCCUGCAGGUGACCCAGAAAGCACUGAAAAACCAACCAGCUCCAUGUGUAUUGCUGGCACUCUGCUGAACUUCGUCGGCAUAGAAACCAUGCUGCACCUGACCUGUUGCAACCAGACUAAAGAAUCCAUCAAAUGCAUUCUUCAGAAAGCAAAGGACAUGGGCAUCAGAAACAUUCUCGCCCUCCGAGGAGAUUUGCCCACUGACCAGGAGAAAUGGAAGGUCAUUGAGGGAGGACUGAACUAUGCAUCUGAUCUUGUACAACUCAUCAGACAAGAGUAUAGAGAUCAUUUUGUCAUCUGUGUCGCAGGAUACCCCUCCGGUCACCCCGAGUGCAGCAGUUACCAAGAUGAUCUUCAACACCUCAAAGAGAAGGUGGAGGCGGGUGCAGACUUCAUCAUCACCCAGCUUUUCUUUAAACCAGAGACCUUCCUGACGUUCAUCGGAGACUGUCGGGCUAUGGGCAUCAACUGCCCCAUCAUUCCGGGCAUGUUACCCAUACAGGCUUAUCAGUCACUGAGACACAUUGUCAAUCUCUCUAAACUGGAAGUUCCACAGGAAAUCAUUGACACUAUUACUGCCAUUAAAGAAAAUGAUGAGGCUAUUCGUAAAUUUGGAAUCCAUCAUGCUGUUGAACUGUCAAAAGCACUUUUGAACAGUGGCCAGGUGGAUGGCUUCCAUUUCUAUACUCUGAAUCGGGAAGUUGCAACAAUUGAAAUUUUAAGACAACUUGGUUUUUGGAAUGAGGAGGUUCAAAAACCAUUACCAUGGAAACUGACUGCCAACCAUGCCAGAUGCAAAGAGGAAAUCCGUCCAAUAUUCUGGCGGUGUAGACCCAAUAGUUAUGUGCAUCGCACCUCAAACUGGGAUGAGUUUCCAAAUGGCCGAUGGGGCAAUUCCUCUGCAGCAUCAUUUGGAGAUUUAAAGAGUCACCAUCUGUUUUACUUGAAAAGCCGUGCUACCCUUGAGGAACUGCUACACAUGUGGGGGGAGGAACUGACAUGCGAGCAGGACGUCUGGGAUGUCUUCUUCUGCUACAUCACUGGAGAAAAGAACUCUCAGGGAUACAAGGUAACGAAAGUACCUUGGGAUGACUCGGAAUUGUGUCCAGAAACGACAUUGAUUGCUUCUGAGUUGGCAAAGAUUAACAAACGAGGCGUUCUGACAAUCAACUCACAGCCCAACAUCAAUGCUGCGUCCUCAUCUGACCCAAAAGUUGGCUGGGGAUCACCAAAUGGUUACAUAUUCCAGAAGGCAUACCUUGAGUUUUUCACAUCCAAGGAGAAUGUGGACGCACUGAAGAAAAUCUUGCCAGACUAUCCGUUAGUCAAUUAUCAUAUAACAAAUCACAAUGGUGAGGAGGAUUAUACCAACUGCCAUCUGUAUGAGCCAGUGGCUGUCACAUGGGGGGUGUUCCCUGGCAAAGAGAUUGUGCAGCCAACUGUGGUGGACCCCAUAGCAUUUGUCACAUGGAAGGAUGAGGCCUUUGCUCUUUGGGUGGAGACAUGGGGACAUUUGUACCCAGCAGACUCGAAAUCAAGACUGAUAAUAGACGACAUCUACAAGAAUUAUUACCUUAUCAAUCUUGUAGAUAACGAAUUCCCCAAGGAGUCCUGCCUUUGGGAAAUUGUUGACAAGAUGUUGUCACUCACUGAGCAUACAUCAAGGAGGUAAAAGAUGUGUUUGAAAUAACUCAACUGGACUUGGAACAGAUGUAAUAUGCUGUGUAUUAGACUGUUCACCAUUUUUAUGUGAACUAUGUUUCUUCUUUUUUUAAGUAACAAGUUAUACCCAUAGUCUUUCAAUAUUUACUUGUCAGAUAAUAAUUAGUAUUGUGUUUUUUAAACUCUUUUGUACAUUUGGAAUUGAUCAACAGGCAAAGCCUUUUAAGAUCUUUCAGUAUUUUACAAAUGGCAACAUUUACUAAAAGAUGGUGACUUUGUCCACUUAAUAAUUGGAUGGAAUUUUAUCUCUUGUAUGAUUUCAUUAGUUAAAUUUGCAGUGGAGGAACUUACUGAGGGCAGCGUGUCACUAUUUACAGAAUGAUAUAUUCUCAUUAACUUCGGACCACUGGAUUAAUUUGUGACAAAAACCAUGUUGUGCAGGUACAAGUUUAUAACUUUAUUAAGUUUAUUACUCACAUAUAUUAAAUUAAAUGUUUUUAUAAAUAUCUGAAUUGGUAAGUAUUAUCUUGUGGGGUUUUCUCAUUUUUAUGACAUUUUAGAUCAGUUAAUGUUGAUUAAAAUUAGGCAAAAUAUUGAAAAAGUUGUGUUUACUUAUGAGCAUUUGUUCCCAAUAACUGUUUUUCUGAACAAAAUUAUUUUGGGAAACAAACCGAUUCAUAUCCCAAUAUUUGAUGAUUUUUGUUGGUAAAAUUAUCAAAUUUAUUAUAAAUUUAGCUGUCACAAUCAGCUAUCAAUUCCUCAAAUGACUGCGACGUUUCACCACUGAAAAUACUUGCCGAAAACCAUUUUUUGUACUAAAAAUUCCCAGGUAUUUUCCAUUAAAAAAAAGAAAGACAAUGUGUGUGUAAUGAUUUGAGGGUGAGAUGUAACAGAAUAUAUUAGAACAAGUCCUAGUUACUCAGUUCUAUUAUGGUGAGAGAACAUUUUAAGUAUUUAUUUUAUGCAGAAUUUGUGUUGUUGCUAUAAUUCUAUUUUGCAGGUAUUCAUCUGUACUGUUAUAUUUUUUAUUCAUCAAAAUGUACCAUCUUCUUCUGAAUAUUUUGCUUGUUACGUGAGAUUAGACAAGCAGUAUAAUUGAAUGUUUUAUAAAUUGCUUAAUAUUUUUCUUUAGUCAGUAGCCUGUUGUGUGACGACAUUGGGUUUCCUCUGUCAUUACAGAUGCAUAAAAUUUAUAUAAGAGUACAGAUGAAUACCUGCAAAAUAGAAUUAUAGCAACAACAAAAUUCUGCAUAAAAUAAACACUUAAUCAUAGUGUGAUGCAAUAUAGCCGUAAUGAAAAUGCAUCGAGUGUAUCAUAAAAUCAAACAUUCCUUCUUUCCUUCAGACUAGUCCAUAGUCCCAAACGGUAGUUUAGAAGGAAGUAUAAAGUUGUUAAUUACUGGAUGUACUGAAAUUAUUUUCCAGCAUUCAAUAAGGAAGCAAACUAGUUGUGUGGUUAUAUUUAAUUAAAAACGUAAUUGUGGACUCAUAAAGUCCAUAUACAUGAACACAAAACUUUCUGGGAUUUGUUUUACAUUUGAUCAUGUCACCCGUCCAGACAUACUAAUAGAAUCUAUCACCGUAUAGAUAUAGAUAUGGCAAUUCCAAUCAGAGGGACAAAAUGUUUUUUGUGAGGGCCGAGGUUUACCAUGAGUUAUGACGUCAUGGCAUAUGACGUCAUAAAUUAUGACAUCAGGUGUAUGUAGAAAUUGUCCAGUACCGGGGUACUAGACAGAUUUAUCCUGCACUGUGCAAAAGCUGGCUAAUUCAGUCUAGUAGGCAAGAAAUGUUCCAUGCUGAAAAGUCCACUGGAUACAAUUAAAAGAUUGGAAUGCUUAUACAUGUACAUUGUAUUUUAAAUCAAUAAUUUUGAGACUUUCAAGAAAUAAAACAAAUUGUUUUAAACAAACUUGUCGUUUCAUCGGGAUUUACAAGUAAGUUUAUUUCCUAAGGUCGACGACAGUCAUGUUUCGGACGCUUGUUUUGGCUUUGUACACAAUAAAUAAAAUGUCUUACACACCCGUUGGUGAGAACACCAUGUGUUAUUUCUGAUAACACAGUUAACAAUUUCAA